CUCUUCUUGACUCCAGGGUUGAUGUUCUUUCCACUGCACCAUUCAACUGUCCCUCCAAUAGUUAUUUAUUAUAGAAUGUUAUAAGAAACACAAAAGUUAUAAAGACCUGUCUACUUGAUAGUUCAAAUCUUGUUAUCUGCUUAUAUUUUAAAUCAUGACACCCUUUAAUGAUGUUUUGGUAUUUAGGCUCCAAAGUUUUGACCUAAAGAGUGAUACAGUAAAAAAUGCUUUAAAAUUAUUACCUAAGAAAUAUUUUAAACUUUUUAAAAAUAUAUAUAUAUUUUAAUUGACUAAGCCAGAGGUUCCCAGACUUUCUUGGCUUUCAUUACUCUGCCUCAGAAUUUCUUUCCUGGUAGGUAGCCAAAAGAAAUACCUAACAGUUACAGUUAUUAAAUAUGUCCAAACAGCUUAAUAAGUAGGAUUAUUGUAAAGUGAAUUCAUGUUCAGGAAAUCAUGCCCAUGAUUUAGACUAGAUGGUCUGAGGGUCCUCCCAAUUCUGAUUCUUUGAAAAUAGUAAAUGAUUUAAAGCUACUAUGAAUUCAGUAAUGCUUUUAAAUGAAUUUGCAUUAUAAUCAUAUCUUUAUACAGUUGAAAAAUAAUACAUAUUUAUCUAGCCUAUAGAAUAUGUAUUUGCGUGUGUGUGUGUGUGUGUAUGUGUUUAUGUAUGAAUUUUCCAGGUCAAUUCAAGAAACAUGUCACCAAGUAUGUGACACUAUGCUGGUUUUGGAGAUAUAAAGAGACAAGAAUAAGAUGGUCUUUGUCCUCAAGGGAGCUCAUAUUCUACUUCUGUUAAACAGUACAAUAUGGGAGGAGUUACAGGAUCCAACCUAUACUUCUAGCUGAGUAGAAAACUAUAAUUUUAAAACAAAGUGCCAACUAGGGAUUGUUUUUGGUCCCUGAAAUUUCUAGGCAUCAUUCAGUACUUUUACAUUGACAAUAAAAAUUGUAUUCAAGUUGGAAAAAUGAAGCAGUUGAAAAGAAAAAGGAAAAGCAAUUUUAGUGUUCAAGAAACUCAGACUCUUUUGAAAGAAAUUAGUAAGCGGAAAGAUAUCAUAUUUUCCAAGCAGCUCAAUACAACAAUUAAUGAGAUGAAACGGAAGGCUUGGGAAGAGAUUGCUGAGUGUGUGAAUGCUGUGGGGGAGGGAGAACAAAGAACGGGGACUGAGGUGAAAAGGCGAUACCUUGACUGGCGAGCACUUAUGAAGAGGAAAUGGUUGAAGGCGAACAUAAAGCUUGUGGGCUCUGGCUACCCCAUUUCAUCACCAGAUUUCAAUGACUCUAUUACCGAAGAGUUGGAUGAAAAGAUUUUAUUUCCAAAUGAGUCAAAUUUGGAUUGGCAAAAUACAGCUGAUUUCAAGGAAGCAGGUGGGUCCUUAACAGAAGUCAAAGAGGAAGAAGAGGAAGAGGAAUUGAAGGGUCCACAGCAUUUUGAAUUUGAAAUGGAAGAGGAGGAGGAAGCAAUGUUAUCUUCCGUGGUACCAGAUUCUAAGAGGGAAAACGAGCUUGAUGAUUUCCCCCACAUCAAAGAAUUUGGUACUCUUUCUUCAAUACAGCCUCAGUCUACCUAUGAUGAUUCCUAUUUACUUAUAACCUUGGAGAAACAGAAGCUUGAGAUAGAAAAGCAACGGCUAGAUAUCGAGGCAGAAAGGUUACAGAUAGAAAAAGAACGCCUACAAAUUGAGAAGGAACGGUUAUGGCAUUUAGACAUGGAGCAUGAAAGACUCCAAGUAGAGAAAGAACGUCUGCAGAUUGAAAGAGAAAAAUUGAGGUUACAGGUUGUCCAUUUGGAGAAACCUGCUUUGGAAAAUGAUCUUGGCCAAGCAGAAAAAAACAUUCUGCAGCCUCUGGAUUUAGAGACUGAGAAAUUGAAACUUGAGAAAGAACGCUUGCAACUGGAAAAAGAUAGGUUGCAGUUUUUGAAGUUUGAAUCUGAGAAGCUUCAGAUUGAAAAGGAACGCUUACAGAUAGAAAAGGAACGACUUCGUAUUCAGAGGGAGGGACACUUGAAAUGAAUUUUCUAAGUUUCCAUUAGUAAUGGAUAGCUUCAUGUAAAGGUUUAUAAGUCAUAGGUAGGAUUUCUCUAAAUCAAGUAGCAACAAGAUAGUUGCUUUUUUUUUUUUAUUUUAGCUGUUUUUCUGUCAGUGUAUUUAAAAUAAAAAAAAAAUGUGGUAGGCAAUAACUCAUUGUGACUAAGUAGUACAUAUUUUAUGUGAUAUAGCUUUUUCACCAUAGGAAAAAUGAAUGUGUUAUUCUCUUCCAUUCAGUAAUGUUACAUAGAAUGUUGUGUGAUAUGUGUCCAGGAUUCAUAAGCACCUUCAUGUUUAGGCUAAUUGUAUAAUUUCAAUAUUAUAUUAACUUUGCUCCUAAAACUACAGACAGGUGAAAUAAAUUCACAUUGGUUAUUUGAAUGACCAAAACAUUAAAUAUUAAAUAUGUAGAAAUGUGUAGUUAUCUUAUAGUGUAUUGAAUGAUAAUAAUCCUUUUUCCCUCACACAACACUUCAGUUCAUAAACAGCCAUUUAAGACUCAGCAGUUCAGGAAUUGUUAGGGAUUUACCUAAAAUAAAUCACAUUUGAAGACUGUUCAAUUUAUCCUGAUGACUUUGGAUCUUUUUGUCAGUAUCAAACCUGUGUAGACACAGCUGCAGAAUUAGUCCCCUUUCUUCUUGAGUCCUACAAAAAACUAUCUUCUCUAUGUUAACAAAAAACUUGAACAAGUAAAUGAGUGAGCAUGAUAGAAAUUUUGCAGUUGUACGUGAGUUUAAAUCCUGUGGCAAUUUUUAGGCUUUUAAAAAAUGGAGUUGUGGGGAGGGGCAUACUUUUUAAGACAAAAUGGAUUUCUUCCUUUUGCCCCACUCCAAGGAAUAAUAUUUGUUUCAUCAACUCUAUUGGCACUAAUCACAGGAACUAAGGAUUUAUUUAAAUUGGAGAAAAUCCUCUCCUUAAUACUGGAGGUGCUUCCUCCAUGCUCAGGUCAUAACCCCUGCUCCAACCACUGUUGGUGGGUUAGGGUGUAGAGCUAUUGCUUCCUGGGCUGGUUCUGGGAAUUGAAGUCUUCCAUUGAUCAAUUUAGCACCUUUCAUGAGCACUACAUUCACUUUAGAAAAAAAAAAAAAAAAAAGGGAGGAGAAGAGAAUGGAAACAUCUUUCAACUAGAUCUUUUGUAUUUUCUGUUUUGUACAACUGAAGCCUAGCACUUAAUUCAUCUCACACAUUGAGAGAACUUGACUGGCUGUGUAUUUGCUCCUUAUGAAAUCCAGAGUGGCUUGCUGAUGUGUAAAACUAGAACAUAUGCCAUAAGUUACACAUAUAUAGGUUAUAUGUGUAUAGGUAUAUUUGUACUUCCUGACUCUGCAAAUAGUGUUAUUUUUCUAUUGUUAAGACAACCACUUCUGCCAUAGAAAUAAAUUUACUUAAACUGA